CGUGUUGCGCGGGAAGGCGGCAACCCUCAACUAGCGUGUCUCGACAACAGCAGCGGUGACACGGCAGUUGGUUGGCGGGCUGACGGACUUGGCAGACACUCACCUAUAUUCUCGUUACCUUUGGAGACAAGUUCACCCGUGUGUGUUACGUCUCCCAGUGUUUGUUUACCAGUGUGGGUUUGCUUGUUAGUGUUUGUUCUACCUAACCACACACUGUACCGAGAAUACGAACUGUUGUGAAGGAAUCUUGACUAACAUGAAAGAACAGCUAUAGACACGGUAGCACAGUAGUUACCACCUCUGAUAACUUGUCCUACGGUGUUAGUUCUUCCAUAGACAGGUUUUACACGUGUUUGUGAACUGUACUGCGUUUUGUUCUCUGCUGUAUACGAGAACAGACACGGAACGGAAAACUUGUUAAAUUCACGUAACAUUAAACUCGAAAAAGAACUUGAGAGCAAAAGAAAAGGGACAGAACAAGUGACAGCAUCCAACGCCUACUGAUUUAUCACCCGUCACCCGUCAACCAUCGUCACCCUCUGUAGCCAUGGGUACCAGGAACCUUCCCCCGAAGUCCUGGAUGCUUGGGGGAGAUUCACCUGGCCCCGGCCCCGUCCCCCAGCAGAGUGGCGGCGAGGAGAGCGAGGUGACGCUGCCCACGUGCAUCCCGGUGUCCGACGAUUCCCCCGAGGCCUCCACACUCACCCUCACCGCCUUCAACAGACAGCUGGACUCCGCCGUCUCGCAGUACAUCUCGCAGGUCAAGGAUCUCGGGUUCAAGGACGAGGCUGCCAAAGACCAAAAGCUCCUUGCCGUCAAAUUCAAGCUCGACCCUCAGGAGAUAAAGCUCAAGGACGAGGUUGAAGAGGACGAGGAUACUGUGAGGGAGAUUUUGAGGGAGGACAAGGGACAGCAGACACAGCUUCUCGAGGAGGAGGAGGAGGAAGAGGAUAUAGUGGUGCUGGGGGAGGACGAGGUGCCAUCCUUGGACAACCCGCUGUACCUCACCCUCAGCGAGUGUUCCUCCGGCCUCCUUGACCCAUUCGAGGACCACGAGUCUCUUCACUUCUACGAGAACGGCCAGGUGCUGCAGGAGGACGAGCACAUCUACGAGAACGUUGACAACUCUGCAGGGGAGUGCGAGGCGUCCGAGGGCGAGGAGCACUUGUACGACACCCUCCCGAGGCACAAGCCGGACGUGCCCCCCAAGCCAGACUUCCUGUCACAGUUAGCGGCGCGGCAGAGUGAGCCCGUCAAGCGUGCCUGGAACCCUUUUGUCAGCCUGAGUGUGGAUACUGGGGAGCCCACGCCGCCUCUCAGCACCGCCUCAUCGCUCUCUUCGCCAGAUUCCAGCCAGACUGACGACGGCAGCCCCGCCCGCACGGGCACUAACCCCUUCAGGCCCUCGGCGCCCCGAGACACCAGCGAGCAGACGAUCCUUCUCGAGGGUUCCGAAACCUCAGACUUAGGAUCGUCUGGAGGAGAGUAUGACGUGGUGUCUGUAGAGGACUGGCCGCUGCCGCCCACGCCCCCAUCAGGCGAAGAGGAGGUGAUCGCCCAGCAGGCCCCGCUGCCCCCGCCACCCCCAGAAAUAGCCCUCCAGCAGCUGGAGGAGGAAGUAUUGAGGCAGGAGGAGGAAGACAGGAGACUAGCGCUACAGAAGGCGAAGCAAGCCAUCGAGCGAGAGUACGGUAACAAGGCGCCGCACCAAGAGGCCGAAAGCCGCGUCGAGGCCGUCAACACAUCCCUCCAGCAGAGGCUUAGCACAGGGAAGGAGGCACAGCCGGUGAAGGAGCCAAAGAUCAUUCAGAUCGACCAGGACGACGGCGAAGAGUUUGAAACUCCGGCCAUCAGACACUCUGUGAUAAUAGAGCUCAAGGACUCGUGUCCCGGCGUGCCCAAGAGCCUCAAGCCAUCCGACGUGCGCAAAGAGAGCGUCAGGCGCAGUCAGAGCCUCAAGUUUGCAGGCGUCGUCAGAAAGUCUAGCACCGGGAAAGUAUCCCGAAGGGAGUCCCUGACGCGGGUGUUUCCUAGCCUCCAGGAUCAGCUACGUAAGCCUGGGACGCAAAAGGACCCCGUCCUGACCCACGACCCAGUCCCGUCCAAGGACUCCGUCACAGCCAAGGACAUCUCUCCUGCUAAAAACACCCCGACGAAAGAAGCGCCACACAAAAAUACAACACCCAAAUUCUCCUUCCUGGAGCCGUGCGGCAUAAGCGUUGCUGACAGUGCCAUCGAUAUAUCGGACGACGGCUCGUGGGAGAUGAAGGACACCAGCGUUGAGGACGUCGCAUCCACAGGGGGCCGUGACCCUCGGCCAGACCUUGACCCCUUCACGGGCAGCCCCAUCGCUGCGCCGCCCCUCAGCCCUGUGGCCAUCGCCGCCCCGCCGGUGAUGUUUCAGAAUGAGGACGGUGUGGACGGUGUGUUCUGUGCCAGCGUGGUCAGCACCCACUCGGGUCCUUCCUCCUUGGCCAGCGUUGCACCAGACUCCUUGCAGAGCGAAAUGGGCUCCGCCGAGGUCAGUCCUCCCCCGGAAACCAUUCCUGAGGAGACAUUUGAGCCAGAUUCGUUGGCGUCUGAGUGUGAGUCUCCACGGGGCAAGUGCGUGCGGAAUGAGGCACCGACAUCGAGGAACCUUGGCGCCGCCAUCAUGGAGCAACAGGAAAUGGAGCUACAGAGGAAGAAGGACAAUUUGAACCUGCCCGAACACUCGCUGCUGGAAUUCGGGGACACCGUGCGUGACCUUGAGGAGCAACGGCGCUCCGUGAUCAAGCAGAUGACUGUGAAAGCAAAGCGAAAGGACACAUGGAUCAAGACGUUUAAUAUGCACGAUCACGGCAGUGAAGAAUCCAUUCCCGUCGCUCCCUCACGCUCCAGGAGGAAAAACUCCCCAUCCCGCCCAGGCGACCCCGAGGCACCCGCCGAGCCGCAGCCCUGCCCCGUAAAAGCCCCUCAAAUUCCUGGCCCCAGUGGUCCUCCGAAAGGACCUGCGCCUGAAAACACAGUUGUGGUUCCUGCAAAAGCUGUCCGCAAGAAGAAAGCCUCAGCGGAGCCCCAGCAGCCCCCAGCCGUCGUCGAGGAGAAAGUCAUCACCCCCAAGAAUACAGAGGCCCUCGCCGCCCUCUUCUCCUCCCCCACCAAAACGAACGGACAUGCACCCACUCCAACAAGCUCUCCAAGCAAGAAGGCGACGACGGAGGGGCAGGCUGAGGAGGCACCGCACACACCACCCCGGAACACUGAGACGCCCCCGUGCAAGGUACCCGAUGUCCCUGAUGUGCCCGAUCUCUUGGCCAGUCUGGAGACCAAGGUACCUGAAGAGGCCACAGAUGAAGCCCCAGUGCCUGACCAGACCCCAGACGAGAGCGAAGCAGCGGGACAGGGGCAAAACGAGACCCCCGCUGAUGCUACAGUCGAAGGCGAGGACUCGAUGGUGAAAGAAAAGAACGAACUGAACCUUGUACAUAGCGCCAUGGUGGCCGUGUGCGAGGAGGAAGGUGAUGACAAGAUGAAGGAGGAAGCGGAGGAGAAGAAGGAGGGGGAAGAGGCUAUUUCGCCUCCACCGCAGGACUCCACGACCACGACCGGGAAGGCCAACGACCAGCACGCUGACCAACCCCUCGGCGAUGAAGGUGAGCCCCGAGCGUCAGGUGCUACACAUGGUGGUGAUGGUGGCGAGGUGGAGUACUUCAGCAUCCUGGACAACAAGCCGGCGACCAAGAGCUACUGGGAGACGCGGAUGCUGGCGACCAUGGAUGACGGAGGGUGGGAGAGUGUCGCCAACGUACGCUACCAGGCCCUCACAGCCGGGGAAGGGGUCAUGCAGCAGCCGCCCCAGGUGCCAGACGACUCCCUCGCCGUCCCCCCGCCGCCACAGUUCGACAAUUCCCCCAACGAAUCCGAGGAGUCGUCCCCGCCUUCCCUGGACGACCCCCCCACCCCCGCACCCGACCCCGCCCCUGAGACCCGCCCCGCCAAGCAGUACGUUUACGGGGUGACCAACGCCCCGCCCACGGAAAUGCGCGGCGCACGCAUCGUGGAGACGGUGGCCAAGAAGCCCGCCUCGCAGGAGAACAUCAUCGAGGCGGAGAUCCGCGCCCAGCAGCUGAAGGAGAACGAGAUGCGGCGGCAGCAGACCGUCCAGAAGAACACGGAGGUGCGGGAGAAGGGCGCCUCGUCCCCCGCCAGCCACGACUCCGAUGAAGGCUUCGUGGACCGCCUGGAGGUGACGGGCCCGCACCCCACCCUUGCCGCCGCCCCGGGCUACACCCACACCAUCCCGGGCACAGACGGCGAGCCGGUCAUCUAUGACGCCGUCAGUCCGCCGCCCUCCGAGUACCUCUCAGACAGGAGCACACCCACACCCUCCAACCCGCCGGUCACCAUCACCACCGCUGCCGUCGCCGCCACCGCCAUCGCCGCCGCCCCAACGAACGCCACGGAGGCAAGAAUCGCUCUCGAGAUCCGCGAACUCAAAGAACGCGAGGAUGAGCUGCGCCAGAUGAGGGAGAUGAUGUCGUCGAGGGAGAACCUUCUGGAGGACGAGGAGGUGCGGAGUUCGGCCUCGAGGGAACAGCUUAUGGAGGACCACCUGACAUCCCUCACCACGACUACUGACGAAGGGAACUUUUCCGAGUGUGGCGACCCAGCGUCCUCCGAGGAUAAGAGUAGCGAUGGAUCCAACAGCCGCAUGAUGUCCCCGGAUCUACACCACCACGGAUCGCACCUUGAGUUCGGGCGCAGGAGGGUGACUGUCAAGCCUUACGAGGAGGAGGACGAGGAGGACCAGCCCGUCUACACAAGGAUGCAGAAGGAGUCAGUCAUCGAGAGGGAAAUCCGGCUGGCUCGGGAGAGAGAGGAGGCUUACAGACGCGAGAAAGGCCUGCUCAAUGGCUCCGCACCUCUACGCGCCGCUGCCUCCACCCCGGCCGCCGCCCCCGCCCCGGUCGCCGCCCCCGUCCCCGCCCCCGCUGUCCCCCGCCUCCAGGUGAUGCCCCAGGCUGAUGGUCGGGACGUGCAGCACCGCAUGGCCACCUCAAGGAUCCAGCUGGAGAUUCAGGAGACCAGCCAGAAGGAGAAGGAGCUGAGGGAUGCCGGCAAGAUUCUCACCAUGUCUGAGGAUACCGUUGAUGCUAAGGUGACCCGUAUGUCAGACUUUAAUGACAUGAGCCCGCUUGAGAGUCCCCGUUCCCAGGCCCCCAGCAUCUCCAGUGCCCCCCGCCCCAGCACCAGCACCACCCCAGCUUCCACCCCCAAGCGCUGCCUCUCCCCCAGGAGCCCCUCCUCCCCUGUCCCCAACUUCACCCCUUCCCCAGCCCUCAACCGUAAUGGCCUUUCCCGAAGCUUGUCCACCAACAACCUGUCCACCACUUCCACCACCCGCCCGCCCAAGGGACUCAUGCAGAAGUUCAUAGCAUCUCGCGGAAAGAUGACAGGAUCCGCCUUUGUGUCCCCUCCCCCCACCCUCACACACACCACCUCCCGCGGGGUGCCCACUCGCCCCAUGAGAGUUGAGCCCAAGGCGGUGGUGGUCCAGCGAGAGACUCUGGCCAAGAUGAAACCCGAGCCUGAGGCCCCCGCCUCCCCCAAGCAGUAUUACCGCCGCUCGUAUUGCACCGCCGAGGAGAAGAUACAGUCAGAGCUAAAGGAGAUGCAGAAGCGAGAAGAGGAGCUGAGGCGCCUGCGAGCCUUUCAGAUGGCACAGUCUCAACCUAACCUGCUGGACAUUGGCGGGGAGGACGAGCACGACCUGACUGAGGAGGAGGAGAGCAACCACAGCCUCUCUGAUAUGAAUGGUCUUAGGUCUGCCCUGUCCAACCCCAACCUUCUAGAUGAGCCAGAACAGUUCCAGGUCCAGGACAAGACGGUGAGGCGACGCAGCGCUCUCAUUGCUCAGUGGGAAAACCGCAUCCAGCAGACCACAGACACCUGAGCCACCACUGCACCAAGUGGACUGUGGAGACCUGAAGCAUUUGGUGCUUGUGUGAGCAAGUAAUGCCAUAUGCUCUCAUCAGGCCAGCCCUUCCUUGGCAGCCCUGUAGGUUGUCACACUGCAGCUACCACACACUACUGUACUUUGAUAUCUAUACUCUUGUUCACCAUAUAUAUGACUGCAGCCACCCCAACACACACACUUUGGUGCCUCUGUCCUCUUCACCUGAUGCCUUAAUUGUGACUUAUCAGGAAUCUUGUAUAUCUGCUGCUGUAGCCAUUUCUUGUGAUUAUAUAGUGUGAUAAAAGUUUUAAGGAAUCAAGUAGUGUAUAUACUAUAUAUAUGAUAAUCAUGACUAGCAGUGUAGUGGAAAUAUCACAGAGAGAGUAUAUUGGUAUCCUAUAUAAUCUAAAUGUGAAAGUAUUACUGUGCUACUACUUAACGUCCUCGUUCUCUGGAGGAGCUAAUACUACAUUCCAGGUAUGGUGCUUCCUGCUGAUCUGUAAUUAUUGUAUGCAAAUGUCUGUGUGCUUUGUUGUUGAGUUGCUCACUAGCAGGGUAAUUUAUGUGGCAAGAGAUGUUGGCCUCAUUAGUUUGUACAUAUGUAGAUUAUGCCAUGUUAAAAUAGCAAGAGUCCUACCAUAUAGAAGCAUAUGACCGCUUUUUUGAGCUACAUAUUUUUGUUGAUCAUCAAUAACCCUUUGUAUGUUAUUUUUAGAAUAACGUAAUAAUAAGGUUGAUACUUUGACUGAAGACAAGUCUGCAGGCAGGAUUAUGAUGCGAGCCUGACCCCAGCUGUAUCACUUUGCACAAAUAUAUCUUUAUCAAUA